CCGGGGGGACAAAGUUCAAAGUAGUAGCUGAGAAGGGACGAGGACACUAAUCAGAGGAAUUGUGACACAGACUCACUGAAAAACACUCCAGCAGAUCUCUCAGCGUCAAUCACUGACUGAAGCAGAGCCUCUCACCCUGUGGACCACUGACUGAGCCCAAGGCGACAAGACAGAGCUCCUCCACAUUUCUGUGUGGUGUGGCCCGCUCCAGUGGUAACCAUGACGACUGCAGAGCCACCCAAAGAACUGCGGCACAGAUACAACAAGGCCCUUCCAUCAGAUGAGCUCUCCGACCAGGCUGUGAGCCCUGGUAACGUGCAGGAGGACGAGCAGAGACAGUGGAAAGAACAUGCCCAGAGGGUGAAGGUGAAAGUGCUGGAGCAGGUCCAGGAUCAGCUCAGUAACAUUCUAGAUGAAGCUCUGAGUGAGUCCGGUCAUCCUUUCACCCACAGCCAGUCGACCAUUAACGGCAGAUUGACAAAAAAGACCUCAGAGAGGUCUCAGAAAAUGGCUGAUGGCAAAGUGUUUAUAGAAAGGCCGUCACUGCUGGAUGAGCUGUUUGAGAUCAGUCACAUCAGGACCAUCUACCACAUGUUCAUCGCCGUGCUCCUCAUCUUCUUUCUGAGCACGCUGGCUGUGGACUUCAUCGACCAGGGCAGGUUGGUCUUGGAGUUUGACAUGCUUUUCUUCGCCUUCGGGAAGCUGGGUACCGUCAUCCAGGCCUGGCUGGUGAUGUUCCUCUACACCCUGCUCGUGCCCUACUACACGCUGGUGUUCUGGGCGUCCCUCUACCACAAGUUGCCCUCCAAGUUGGGUCUUUCUCUGGGUACGGGCUUAAUCCUGUCUGCCGCACAGACCUGUGUCCUGGGACUGUUCCCGAUCUACGUUGUGGUAGAGAACCAGCUGCCGCCAGCCUCGCGGUUCAUUGUGAUACUGGAGCAGAUUCGAUUCGUGAUGAAGAGCUACUCCUUCAUAAGAGAAACUGCUCCUAUUAUAAUGAAGAAUACUCCAAAGGAAGGAGAAGGUCCGAUUAUUCCGCCAUUUUCCAGCUAUCUGUACUUCCUCUUCUGUCCCACUCUCAUCUACAGGGAAUCAUACCCCCGAAACAAGCACAUCAGAUGGAACUAUGUGGGCAGCACUCUUGCGAUGAUCUUGGGCUGCCUGUUUUACGGCUACUUCAUUCUGGUCCGCCUCUGCAUUCCCGUCUUCAGACCCCAGACCAACCAGCCGUUCAGUACUCGGACCAUGGUUCUGUCUGUUUUCCACUCAAUAUUACCAGGUAUUAUGCUGCUUCUCCUGUGUUUCUUCGCCUUCCUGCACUGCUGGCUCAACCUCUUCGGGGAGCUGCUGCGUUUCGCUGACAGAAUGUUCUACAAGGACUGGUGGAACUCUACAUCCUUUGCCAACUAUUACCGAACCUGGAAUGUGGUGGUUCACGACUGGCUGUAUUACUACGGCUACAGAGACUUCCUCUGGCUGUCCAAAAGGAGAUUCCGAGCAGCUGCCAUGCUCUCCGUGUUCAUCGUCUCCGCGGUCGUCCACGAGUACGCCUUGACCAUGGGCCUUGGAUUCUUCUACCCCGUCAUGUUCUGCUUGUUUGCAGUAUUGGGAGUGGUGUUCAACUUCACCAUGAACGACAAGCGCCAGAGCCCCGUGUUCAACGUCAUCAUGUGGGCGUGUCUCUUCCUGGGCCAGGGCGUCCAGGUGUGCCUGUACUCUCAGGAGUGGUACGCUCAGAUCCACUGCCCACGCAAAGAGAAUAGUUUCUGGGAGCUGGUGACGCCUCGGUCCUGGUCCUGCAGCUACCACAGGUGAAGCUGCCUGUCUGCUGCUCGGGACGGAUGAAGGGAUGAAAAGAUGAAAAUCAUGACAGAGUAAACGUAGACGAAAGUGUGGAAGGAAAACUUGAAAGACGUGUAUUUUUCUUUUUUAUUCCAUCAAGAUUUCUUUGGGUCAAGAUAUGACUAUUACUGUUUUGGUCAUAAUGUUGAAGUGAUGUUUUCCUUAUGUCACAUCUGGAGUAUUACCUCCACCUAUAGGAGGUUAUGUUUUUCGCCCCUGUGCAUUUGUUUUAGUUUUGUUCAGCAGUAAAACUACUGAACAGAUUCCCAUGAAACUUGGUGGAAGGGUGGGAAAUGUGAGGAAUUCAUAGAAUUUCAGAUCAAAUCUAAUGCACAGAUUUUGAUGAAAGAAUCUAUGAAUGUGUGCAGUGCGAUUUAAUGAAGGGGACGGUCGGGCCUUGGCGGAGAUAACUUUGUAUUAAAUAGUGUUUUUAUAAUUCAAGCUGUUUAAGAAAAGCGUUUACUGUUUAAGUUUACAUAUUUUAAUAGCAAGCCCUGAAGGACUCAGACCACAGAACAACUUGAUGUCAACUUCAAUGCUUAUUUAAUUUAUUUCUGCUGUAUUUGUACUAAAGCUGUGCUGACAGAACCUGGGAAAGGUUUGUUUAUUCUCAUCUUGUAUUGGUUUGAAUACACUUGAGAAAAUUUCUGCUUCUUCUUCUCUGAAUUAACGAGACAGCCGGAGCCCAAGAGAAGCUUUCGUUUCACCGAUGUCCAGUCUGUGUAGAUUGAUCGGAAACUGAGAGCAAUACGCUUCCAUACAGCAGCCUUGUGUAGUGGGGCUCCUGACCCGCAGUGUGUGUGUCUGUGUGUGUGUGUGUGUGUGUGUGUGUGUGUGUGUGUGUGUGUGAGUGUGUGUGUGUGUGUGUGUGUGAUUUAUCAUCUGUGGCUCGACCAGUGAGGAUCUAUAUUAAUCAAGAGUGUCGCCUGUGCAAUCCUGCCCUGGUUGCGGUUCAGAGCGCAGGGAUUGGUUGGAAGAGCAGGUACGUGAACCGACCAACCACAGGAAGCACGGCGUCUUAUCAGUGGGCCACAAAGCCUCUGUUUGUGUGGCUGCCACGUCCCUGUGAAGUCACACAGGAAGAGAAGGAUCAACAUUGGUACAGUGUUUGCAUUAGUGAUGUAAUGCUCUGUAAACCGAUACCAACCAAAACAGUGGUGGAGCAGGACGUGCACUGCUGGAUCCACUGUCAGUAGCAGAAUUGUGUAUUUGUGUCUUUGACAUUCAUCAACUUUUUUUAUUGUAUUUUCUUUUUUCUUAAAUUUUGUUUGACAUCUUUUACCUCCAUCAUUCUAUAAAUUGACAUUUAUCAAAGUGGCUACACAUAUUUCUGAACUCAAAUGUGGUUAAUGAGCCAGAGGAAGGUCUUCUGCAUAUCAAAGAUCCAAUUUGAAACAUCGUCUUUGCUGGAUGAACACAGACCAGAGGAAAGUUGUAGACUUUUAAAAUAUUCAAUAUUUCAAUUUACACACACGUUUAAGCAUCCUGAAAUGGAAGAACAUUGUAACUACUUUGGAGUUGAGUUUGUGAACAUCAAUAUAAACCAAGCGCUCGCCUUUCAGCUCCGCUCGGGUGUCCAGCGCGUGUCUGAGAGCAACAUCUAUCUCUGCAGCCGCUAAAUGCUCCCCAGUGUUCACCUGGUAGUAAACAACCUCGUCUGCAGGGCUGUUUAGUGCCGAGCUUGCAGCGCAUGGCUUCUGGAAUUCAAGACAGAUGAGAGAAGUGAGACUAAAAGUGAAGAGUUGAACUCGUAAGGCUUUGCACAGGCACCGAAUGCAUUGUUCAUGUAAAAUGUUGAUUAUUCACCUUUUUAUUAUCCCUUAUCCUUAACAUGAGAGGAGCCACUCAAACAUGUCCUUUAACCCUGAAUCACGGUCCCAUGUCCAGACUUUAACUACCCAUCGUCUUUGCAGUUAAGUAAAGUUUGUGAGUCAGAGGAAAAUGGCUGCCAUGUGGGCUGCAGGACUGUAUGAAGCUGAAAUGUUUGGUUGGUAAACUAAUGAUGUUUUCAGUCAGUUGUUACUUGCAUCUGAACGACUUGAUAAAUGGAUCAAUUAGACAAUAUAUGAAUAAAGUCCACAACAGCUUUUUCUCCUCUG